AUUAUAUAGUUUGGAAUUGGAUGUUUUUUUUUGUGCAAUUAUAUGUUUACGAAUUUUCCUGGAUCGCAAAAAAAUCUUGACUUUUUGUUGAUUAUGCUUUGGAUUCAGCGAUCAUGGAAUCAUGAACCACUGGGGGGUCUGAAUUAUAAACUUUGACAACAGUGAGGUUGAAUGUUAUUGCCAUUGUAAAAUGGCUUUAAUGUUAUUUGUGACAUUUUAAAUGUAUAUUUCAAUGUCAAAAAAUUGAGGUCAUCUCCAACUAUUGCAUGAUAAGACGAUAUAUUGAUUAUUGUGACAGGCCUCUAGGUAUCAGUUAGUUGAGACACUUAGUAAAAUGAAUCAAACUAAUCGAUUAGAUUUUAGACUCAACAGCGUCUCUCUGAGCAGGUCCUCCUGGCAUCCCUCAUCUUUCAGGUAACUGUAGCUCACCUUUGGUCUCCAAGGCAUCAGUCGCUCACCUUGCAAGGCAUCAGGAGACAGUCUGCGAAAGCGGCCUGCUCGUGAGAUCGACCCAGAAGAUGAGUCCAAAAGCACAUCAGCUCCCCCUAAAAUGAUCAAGUCAGGGUUUAGCAUGACAGCAAAGAAACCUAUGGCCAUCUCUAUCAAGCUGGGAGCAAAUAAACCUAAAGAGCCUCCCCCUGCCAUACCUCCCAAGAAAUCUGGACUUGCAUCUGUUUUUAAUGAGGACGAUGAUAGCGAGCCUGAAGAAAUGCCACCUGAGGCAAAGAUGAGGAUGAAGAAUAUUGGCAGAGAAACGCCCACAUCAGCUGGCCCCAAUUCCUUCAACAAAGGAAAGCAGGGAUUCUCAGACCAUCAAAAACUGUGGGAGAGGAAGCUUAAAUCCCACACAGAUCAGUAGUGUCUGCUUGCUUUUUGGCACUGAUUUUUAUUUUUUGUUUUUUGUUUGAUGAACAUUGUACAGAUGUAUAUAUGUAAUGAAUGUUUACGCUAAAACCAUCUUUUUCGCCAUGCUAUGGUUAAAAAAUGCCUUCCUGUGUAGAGUGCAAACAUAGAAAAUUAGCAUAAUCUUUAUCACUGUACAAUAUGACAUGUGCCACACCAGCCUGUUAUCAUUUACAGCUUAGUUGUUAUACAGAAAAGGAAUGUGGUGGUGCAGUCAUUUAGGAUUGUUUAAGAUUCAUUCAUAGCAAGGAAAAAAAAAAGUCUAUGAAGUAAAUAAUAAAUGGGAGAUGUGGCAUCCAUUUUAAGAAUGUUUUCCCUCAUUCAUCUAGUUGGUGUGUUUGUCAGGUUUUGAAAGCAGAAUUAAAUUAUUUUAUUUUCAAAUUUAAUUUGCUCACCUUCAUGGAAUUUACAAACUUGUAUUUUGUGGAAAAGAAAAAAAUUAUACUUGUAGGGUUUUCCUUUUUGUUCUUUUUUGUUACUGUGUUAAAUUAAAGGAAAACAGAAACAACAUGAAUCUGA